AUGGGCAAUAAGGAUGAUCAAGAACUAGAAACUAAGUCCUAUGAGAACAGACUGAAGGAUUGUCUUACUGCUGCAGCAUCUCUUGUGUCUUUGGCAUGGGCACUGGCUUCGUAUCAGAAAGCUCUUCGUGAUUCCCGGGAUGACAAGAAACCCAUCAGUUAUAUGGCUGUAAUUAUUCAAUUUUGUUGGCAUUUUUUCACAAUUGCAGCCAGGGUGAUUACUUUUGCUCUCUUUGCCUCCGUUUUUCAACUAUACUUUGGAAUCUUCAUAGUCCUUCAUUGGUGUAUCAUGACUUUCUGGAUUGUCCAUUGUGAAACAGAGUUCUGCAUUACUAAGUGGGAAGAGAUUGUGUUUGACAUGGUUGUUGGAAUAAUCUAUAUCUUUAGUUGGUUCAACGUCAAGGAGGGAAGGACACGUUGUAGGCUUUUCAUUUACUAUUUUGUGAUCCUUUUGGAAAACACCGCCUUGAGUGCUCUUUGGUAUCUGUACAAGGUUCCUAUGAUUUCUGAUGCAUUUGCCAUACCGGCACUGUGUGUGGUGUUCAGCAGCUUUUUAACUGGCAUUGUUUUUAUGCUGAUGUACUAUGCCUUCUUUCACCCCAAUGGACCACGAUUUGGGCAGUCACCAAGCUGUGCUUGUGAGGAUUCUGUAGCUGCCUUCACUCUUCCCGCCGAAGUAGCAUCAAGUACUUUAAGGUCUAUUUCUAAUAACCGGAGUGUCACAAGUGACCGGGAUCAGAAAUUUGCUGAGAGAGAUGGGUGUGUGCCUGUCUUUCAAGUGAGACCAACUGCACCUUCCACCCCUUCAUCCCGACCACCAAGGAUUGAAGAAUCUGUCAUUAAAAUUGAUUUGUUCAGGAAUAGGUAUCCAGCAUGGGAAAGACAUGUAUUGGACAGGAGCCUCAGAAAGGCCAUUUUAGCUUUCGAAUGUUCUCCUGCUCCUCCACGACUACAGUAUAAAGAUGAUGCCCUGAUACAGGAGCGAUUGGAAUAUGAAACAACACUAUAAAUAUAAUGCAUAAAGAAAACUCAGUGCAACGGCUAUGAUGCAUCCAAAUAAAAGGGUAAUAAUAGGGCCGUGGCAAUAACUUAAUUUCAUUCUACAGCAGAUCAGGAAGCUAUAGCAGUGUCCUUAGUCUGACUGCCAUCAUGAUUAUCAUUUGAUCCACUGUACCACAGUCUAUCUCAGUAAACCUAA